UUCCAAAUAUUGAACACAAAAAUUAGAAACAAAUCGACAAAAUCACUUCAUUUCUAAAUGGGUGGUAUCAAAAAGCCUCUAGGCUUCGUGAUUGUGGUGGCUCUGGUCCUUCUUGGUUGUUCCACAGUAGCUCUUGCGACGUGGCCAAUGCCAACAUGGACUGUGGACAUUGUCAAUGAGCUAAGCAAUGGACAAGAACUAUUCGUGCAUUGCAAGUCCAAGGACGAUGAUUUGGGAGAACACAACCUCGACAGUGGAGCUCAAUAUGGGUUUACUUUCAAAGACAAUGUUUGGCAAACAACAUUGUUUUGGUGUUACUUGCGAAAGCCCGACAAUAGUCAUGCCGCUUUUGAUGUUUAUUGGUAUGAUAUUAGCAAAGGUCAUUGGCUUUAUACAAGAUGCGACUAUAAAAAUUGUAUUUGGAUUGCUAAAGCCGACGGGAUUUACAUAAAAAAUAUCCCUUCAAAUCAAGACGAGCUUGUUCACCCGUGGGAAAAUUAAAAGAUUGCAACAUGCAUCUUUUGUCAUAAGUAUUGUUUCUUUCCUUUAAAUCAUGUUUCGGAUGUAGGGGAGUACGUGUUUGUGGUCUCAUUGAGUUAACAAGUAAGCGUAUAUUUGCUAGACAAGUUUUUUCUUCGAGUCAUGAUACUUUAUGUCAUUAUAAAACGAAGAAUAUGGCCUACAAUUUAACUUUAA